GGUUAAAUAGUACUUGAUAUACUGCAAAUUGUGUACUACACGUACGUUUCUUUAGCUAUGUCAUCCACUAGGUCUAUUCUACUUUGCUUACUCCUGAUGUGGAUACUUCUGAAAGACCAAAAUUCGUAUUGUGCAACUGAUGAUGUUUGCACAUCAUAUGAUGGUGAAAAUGGUACACCUACUGGAAUUCACAGAACUUGUAGUGUCUUCCAAAAAACUCCUAACCGUUGCGAUAGUGGAUCUUCUUAUUAUCAUAAAUGGACGUCAGAUAAAUGCCAAAUAAAUUCUUGGUGUGAACUCAAUUGCCCUGGUUUUGUGGGAAUGAACCUCACGUACGAGUGCUCUUUUGAAGGAGCUCGGCUAUACAGGUACAAGAAUGGCGAGUACCAGUAUUUGAAUGGGUCCUCGGUUAACUACGGUCUACUAUUGCCAGAACAUGCUGGGUUGUACGAGUGUCACAACAAUGCAACUGGUGAAGUACAUGCUCAGAAUAUCACUGUGAAUGAUGAAAUCCGCAUUAGUUCUGUCGACUGUGUUCAGUUUUCAAGAUCUUCUGAGAGAAAGUGCUGCUUGGCGAGUUCCAUUUGGCCAUCACAAGCAAUUAAUGCUUACUAUCCGUUGGCAGUAUAUGCCAACCCAGUAGACAAUGUGUCAGUGACUAUUGAACAGAUUGAAUGGCAGGUGGAGAAAGAGACUAGGAAUGAUGUGGAUAUUGGACUGUACGUUGAGCAAGAUGAGAGCAACCCUGUGAUAUGGAAUAUCCAGUUCAAACAGUUUCCAUACAGUGUGACAAGUACACCACCUAUAAUAUUGUUUCGGGUGACAGCCAACACUACAAAUUCUUCUCACUCCAUUUGUAAUAGUAUCCAGUUUAAUGAUAACACUAACUCACUGCAAGUGGAGAGCACUAAUCUACCUGAGGACACAACUGUGUCCAAAGGAAAAGACGCUCUCUUCCAGUGUAAAUUCUCAUACUCAGAUGCGGCUGUUGCUGCAGAUUUUAAAGUAGACAUUGAAGUCAAAAUGCCCAUAAGAAUAGGGAACGAAACUAUGCGGCACGAAACUUGCAUAGCAGAUUUUUUUUUGAGUUAUUCGACAAAUCAUACCAAUUGCUCACUGGCAAAAAUCGAGAGAAACAAUACUUCAAGUAACAGCGUGUCGAAAAUUGUGAAGUUUAACAUCCGAAUACCUCAAGUAACUGCAAAUCUGAAUGGAAGCACUGUUUCUUGUUUUUUGGUUCUUAUUUUGAGCAAGUCUUUACAAUGGAAGAAGGAAGCUCAUUUAACAGUUAUCGAGAGAGUCGAUUCAGGGAUUACUCAACCAGCCACUUACUUAGUCGUGUCACUGGUUGUGACUGUUGUGGUAGUACUGUCAGUUGUGUUGCUAGCAGUGGGAGUAACUGGUGUUGUGAGGAAAAGAAGAAAUCAUCAUGACAUUGUUAAUCCUGAUGAAGUCCCAUUAACCUGCAAUAGUCAAAACUCAGAGCCCUCCACUCCCGUCGAUCAGCACAAUGGGAGACUACCGUCAAUAGAGAUAUCUGAUGGCAAGGGAGCUCAAACCAUCAGUGGUGGUGGUCUACUUGUGGGAGAGCAAGCUCGAAGAGUGAUUGAUACAUAUGCUGGUAUUAUUGACUCUGAGAUGUCUAGCAUACAUACAUUUAAGACAAAACCAGUCACUGAAUUUAAUCGCACCAUAGACGUUUACAAGCCCUCCGAACUAACUGAAUUUGUCAUCUACAUCAGCUACACCGAUGCCACAAGUGAAUGGGUGAGGAAUGAACUAAAACCACUUAUCGAAUCGUUACAUCCUGUUAUUCGCGUGGACAUUCAUGAAGAUAGUAUGAUACCAGGAUUUUCCGUAUCGGACGAAAGAUACAGACUAAUAAUGGGGGCAGAUAAAAUUGUGAUUGUGGUAUCUAGUGACUAUGCAAGUUCUGAGUGGUGUGUAUACGAACUGGAGCAUGCAAUUCAUCAGAAACCAGCAUUGUGUAAUGGCAGGGUCAUCCCCAUUUUAACUGAGAUUAGUAACUGUCUGCCUCGGAUCAUCAACGGUGUUGUGUGUCUCUCUACUGCUCAAGAUGAUUUCAAAGCAAGAUUACAUCAAGCUAUUUUCAAGAAGCCGAAUUCUAUGAACUCUUUCACCUGAUAUUUCCCACCCUUUUUAUGCUACUAGCUACAUGUACAUGUAACAUGACAUUCAUUUUUUGAUCAUAAUACAGAGGAUUUCAGG